GCUUUAGACACCCGGUUCGGCCGCCGCGGUUGCCUCUCCACAUUGACGGGGAAUCGCUUCUCGCAGCCACAGUUGCCGCACGUGCGUACCAGCACAUCAGCCCAGGGUUUCCUGCCAUUUUUGCUUUUGUUCUCGAUCUUGGUCACGCAGGUCGAGCCGUCUUGUACGAGCGCGUCGCAGCGUUUGCAUAUCGUGUGUUUCAUGCCUGGAGAUAGGCGGAUCUGCAUUUUCAUUGAGACGGUGCGGAGGUCGGAAAGUAGUACUCUCGUGAGAAAUUGAGAAGAGGCUGGCUGGGGCUCAGCUGGUGCUUGGUUGUGGCUGCUUUCAUUGCUAGCAUUUUGUAGGUGGGGUUGAGAGGGAACUGGUGGAGGGGUAGGAAUAGCUGGAGCUGUGGAGGGCUUCUCCUGGGCUGAUAGAUAGGUAGCCGCCUGGUAUAAAUAAGACAGCCUGCUAUGCAGAGCCUUGUGAGGCACGUUGGCCCCCUUUGCCUGCUUUGCUUUAGCCAUAAUAUCGUUCCAAUUGAAUUUGAGAAAGUUCCCUCGUAGAUAUAUAAAUUACGGUGCCAAGUUGAGCCGCAUCCGAGCUAGCUGUACCUGGCCUAGCGUGUUAGCGCACAAUUCGAUUCGGUUGCCUGUCAAAGAACACGGUCCUCUCGCCAACAUCAAUAACAACCUCACCUGAACCCCAUUCUAUCGAAUUCGAACCUCGACCACUUUAUAGAUCGGGACCAUCGGCAUCAAUUUCGCGUCAUAGAACAUACGUCCCAUAUAACUGGCAUAGCAGUUUCGCAUAUCGCCUUGUUCCAAGACCUUCCAUAGAGGUCGCGAUUGAACAUCGAAACCAACCUUGCCACACCUUCGACUCCGGUCGUAACCACCACACAUCAUGUCUACCGAAGAAGAUCUCAUUGAUUACUCCGAUGAUGAGCUUGAGACAAAGACCACAGCGCCAGCUGCUGCCGGAAAUGGAGAGGCCAAGGAGGGCGAUCUGACCGUAUCUGGAGGUAACCCCGACAAGAAGGGAUCAUACGUCGGCAUCCACGCGACCGGUUUCCGCGACUUCCUGCUGAAGCCAGAGCUUCUCCGGGCCAUCACUGAUUGCGGUUUCGAGCAUCCAUCGGAGGUCCAGCAAGUGUGUAUCCCUCAGGCAAUUCUCGGAACCGACGUUCUCUGCCAGGCCAAGUCCGGUCUUGGUAAGACUGCCGUGUUUGUCCUGACCACCCUCCAACAAGUCGAGCCGGUUUCCGGAGAGUGCUCAGUUCUCGUCAUGUGCCACACUCGCGAGUUGGCCUACCAGAUCAAGAACGAAUACGCCAGAUUCAGCAAGUAUAUGCCAGAGGUCAAGACCGCUGUCUUCUACGGUGGAACCCCGAUCCAGAAGGACGCCGAGAUCCUGAAGAACAAGGACACCCACCCGCACAUCAUCGUCGCCACCCCCGGUCGUUUGAACGCCUUGGUCCGUGACAAGCACCUCCGCCUCGGAAGCGUCAAGGUCUUCGUCCUCGAUGAGUGUGACAAGAUGCUCGACCAGAUUGACAUGCGCCGCGACGUCCAGGAGAUCUUCCGCGCCACGCCAACCCAGAAGCAAGUCAUGAUGUUCAGCGCCACCCUGUCCCAGGAAGUCCGCCCGAUCUGCAAGAAGUUCAUGCAGAACCCCCUUGAGAUUUACGUUGAUGACGACACCAAACUCACCCUGCACGGUCUUCAGCAGUACUAUAUCAAGCUUGAUGAGAAGGAGAAGAACCGCAAGCUCAAUGAGCUUCUUGACGAUAUGCAGUUUAACCAGGUCAUCAUCUUUGUCAAGAGCACCCUGCGUGCCACUGAGCUCGACAAGCUCCUCCGCGAGUGUAACUUCCCGUCUAUCGCAGUUCACUCCGGUGUCAGCCAAGAAGAGCGUAUCAAGCGCUACACUGAGUUCAAGGAGUUCAACAAGCGUAUCUGUGUCGCUACUGACGUCUUCGGACGUGGUAUUGAUAUCGAGCGUAUCAACCUUGCCAUCAACUACGAUCUCCCCGGUGACGCCGACUCCUACCUCCAUCGUGUGGGUCGUGCCGGCCGUUUCGGAUCCAAGGGUGUCUCCAUCUCCUUCGUGAGCAGCGAGCCCGACCAGCAGGUCCUGAAGGAUAUUGAGAAGCGCUUCGAGGUUGCCCUUCCUGAGUUCCCAGAGGGUGGUAUCGACGCCAGCACCUACAUGGCGAGUUAGGUGCAUUACCCCGCACUUUUCCCGUCGGGCCUCUCUCAACUCUUGCAAAGUCCCCUAUCUCGCGCUCUCAGCACCUACCGGUUGAGCGCUGAAGGGAUGGGUAGCCACGCAGUUUUACGGGCCCUAGUUAGCCUAGUGACGGACCUGGAGUAGGAAGUUUUACGCGCUUGGCAACUUUUGUGUUUUUUUUUUCAUGGGACUACUACUGGAUGGACUAGGCGAGGGGGGAGGGUAAAUUUCUUGUCUUGUCUUGUCUUGUGUUUUACCAAGAUAUUAAAAAAAAACUUGUGAUUCUUUUUUGAAAGCUCUGUUCCUUGUUGAAGGCCGUGUUUGCCGGUGUCGUCGUGACUAACGCGUGGUUUAAGUGAUGUGAUGACAGGAG